AUGCGCCUCAUGCAGUCAAACGGAAUUCGUAAGGAGGCUUGGGAGAAGAUUUCAAACGGGAUCUACAAGAGAACGUUCAACGAACAAGACGUCAAGAUGUAUAAUUACUUCAAAGACAAAGUCGCCUUCAAAGGAAUAAAAAACGGAGAUACGCUUUUUCUAGCAAAAGCCAGCGCAAGUAACCAGAAGGAGCAACAUAACGAACAGGAGUUUGAAGGAAUUGAGGGAGGUAAAGGAAAUGAUUUCCAUAUGCAGGCAGUCGAUGAUGAAGUUGGCGGAUUUUCUUCAGACGACGAAGUCGCAAUCCCAAAUUCACAUAACGUUUCUAUGGCGCAAUUAAGAAAUUUGGAUGCGAAGCGGAUACAGGUGCUAUGUUGUGAAUAA